AUGGCAGGCAAACAGUCUAAGGAGCUUUCUGAAUUGAUUGCUGAAGCUGCUAAGAAGGGUAUGGCGCGUGACAGCUUCUUCUCUUUCGGAGACGAGGGUCUCACAGCGAGUGUGAGUGCAACUGGACGGUUACUACGAAUCACUCAGCAUUUUCCAGGCCAGAAGACAGGACUAUGCAUCGACGAUAAGGGUAUGAGCGAACCCUACUACGUUUCUUCCCGCUUAGAAGAGUUUCUCGAACGUUCUCGCGACGAAAAGGUCGGAGGGAUCGGCCCCCGCAUCGACUCCUUGUGGCCAGGGUCGGAGUCUGACCACGACAUUGUUAACGACCGAUGGCCCACCUUCACCAGGACGAUGCGAGGCAAGACUUUGAACAAGCUGCGUGUGUCUUAUGUGGCGUUUCAGGGCACCAUCUACCAGAAAUUCGAAAUCAUACACCCAAACGAAACACAAUCGUCACAAUCCGAAAGCAAGGAAUUCCCGAGCGACAUCUUGCCUACUCUAUCACUUGAGUUAGAAGUUUUCAUCAGGGACCUAGACUUCGUGACCUGGGGAAACCUUUUCAAUAAGGCUUCGUCGCAACCACAAGUGCCGGUUUACACCACUUUUCAUGGGCAAGCAAAGAACCAUGUCACACAGGAACACAAAAGUCCUGAGACUCCCGGCAAACACUUUGUCCUCCAUGUACAAGUCUUGGAUCAGCACAAUACGAUGGAACUGUUCAAACCAGACCAGGAGAACAUAUACCACACUACUCCGAGUGAUGGCAAUGAUCCUGAUCGUCAGGCCGUAUUAGUUGUUCUGGCAUAUACUCUCAAACAAUGUACCGCAUCUUCAGACUCCGAUCCUUUGCCAGACUGGGAGAGGUUUAUCGAAGCUGACAAGCUUCUUCACCAUUACGACACAGUCAGUUUGACUAAAAACGAUACUUUAGACUUCUUCCUCAGGAGGAACCUAGAAUAUAUAUUGUCCGUCUGCAGCAUUCCCGUGUCUGAAGCGUAUUCUGACGGAAUACCUGCGAUUGCUCUCACCUGCGGCGAUGUUGAUGGUCACCGAGUCAGCAACGCAGCAAGCUUCUAUGCUUUUCAGUUUUUACUUCUCGGCUUGGACCACUUCAAGUUCUUACAUUCAGAACUGCCAGAUGGCAUAUGCGAUUGUGACAAAUGGCCUCUAUUCUCUACAGCAUCGUCUUAUGUCUGCAUGAUGAAAAGACGUAUUGAGCGCGUGUGCAAGGGUCACAUGAACUGGGUCUUCCAGAGAGCGGCCUUGUCUAAGAAUCCGUUCUGUCCUAACUAUUGGACCAGUGGUGAUGAAAUCGAGGACUGGGAAGAUAAUUUUUGGCUUCCAAGAAAAUCACUUGUCGAAGCCCCAUUCCAAUUUAUUAAAGCCGCGGACUUUUACAAAAGAAUCGAUGGGGAGAUGCCCGAAGAUCAUUUUCAAGCGGCGAGGGCUGCUUACAAUAGCUGGAUUCGCCUUCUCGAGAAGAUUGAGAAGUCCGGGAAAUGCGCGUUCCCCUCUUACAAGGACAGCGACGACGGAAAACCGAUCAAAACAUUCUAUCUUACAGACCAUGCUCUCAUUUGGCAAGCAGUAAGAUCUGCGGAGUCAAUGAAGCUUCACUCCUCACCCAAGGAUGAUCCUGAGUUAAUCGAGAAGAUGCGUGGAUAUUCGGCUGAUAAGUUGCGGGAAAACAUCGUCAAGAGAUUUACGACUGAGAAUUCUCUCUUGAAGCAGAGAAUGAUCGCCGUGAAACGAAGUCCUACUCAAACCCGAUUUCUUUUCCGCUCAAAAGACGUUGCUCUUUUCCGUGCCAUGGGAGAGGGCUUGUUUGAGCAAGCCGAAAUCCAAUGGAUGAACACCCUUGACAGCCAGAAACACCAUGAAGGGAAUGACGACACCGACUGGAGUGAUCCUCGAAGAUUUUCUCUAGCUAUUUCAAUGGCCCGGCAUGGGAAACUCAUCAACUUUCGCACCAGAAAGGAGCUGACUGAGCAAGCCUUAUCAAUUUUACUCAGUACCUCCUCUUCCAACGGACUUUUCGCAGGAGCACUCGAUGAACGACAGAGUUCAGCCAUAUACGAGGACGAGAGAGACCGAGACAACUAUUGGACAGUAGUUUUCGAAGUUCCGUACAUCUUGUGGAAAGACUACUGCUCUCUGCCUAGCUCGGACCCCGAAGACGACACGAAUCGUAAAUCGAAGUCCACAGACAGCUGCCUUGAGCAUAUGUGCCAGUCCGUUGAGAGGAUCUCGAAACAUUUGGGAGAUCUAACAGUUCAUCCGACAGAGACAACGGGGCCAAGAUAUCGUUACGGCUACUGGAUGAAACACAACCUCCCAUUCAACAAUGUGAUAGACGACAACAACGUCGUGGAGCUGCAGGACGAGUGGCUUUAUAAUGAACCUGAUUUCUUCGUCAAAACCACGGCCAUGACCAAUGUCGACAGGGGAGAUAGAUCAGGUGCCGACACAAACACAGAGACUUCGAUGUCGGCAAAGGCCAUCUACGCGUACGUUCAGCUCAAGAUUGACAUUAAGGAGCCUAAGCCGUUCAAGGAGAAGCGGCCUUUGUCAAUCUUCCCAGUUGAUUACUACUCGCAGAACGCGGAGAAUUCGUUUGAGGAAGAUAUCAAGUCCCAAAGAGAGACCCAAGAUGCCAAAAAGAGGUUUUGGGCUUUCAUUUCGACGAAUGCGGAGGAAAAUUCAAGCUGCACCAAGACAUUGGCUCCAAACGAGAAACGUGAACAAGCAGAGAUGGAACAUUUCUUCGACAGACACAAGACAAACAGCAACUUCUUCACCGAAGAAACAAUAGCAGCGCUGAACAUAUGGACAACGGAGUUCCAAAUGGCCUUCUACUCUGGUGUUAAGGAUGGGGAGUUUUGGGGCGGAAACGAAAUUGAAAAGGUAGCAAUGGGAUUCCGGUUCGAGGGCGACUUUUUCGACAAAUAUUGGACCUGCCGUUUUGUGGUGGCAAAUCCUCAUUUGCCGGCUGAGGAGUAUGAAGUGCAGACUGGGAUGAUCAAGUUGCUGCAGCAAGACCACGAAGACGACUAUGUUCACUCUUCGAUAGUCAAGAAAGGCCCUUGGGAACAACGGAGAGUGCUCGAAUUGAUAUUGUUCGGACACAUCAUCAGCGAAAUGGCUACGAGCGCGCGCCAUAUCCUGGAAUUGGCCGAGCGCACUGUGCGGAAACAGAAAAACAAGUUGGAACAGAGGCUUCAAAGGCUCCAAGGCUCUGAAAUGUUCAAACAAGAACGAGACGUUCCGUCCCCAGAAGACGGCGGACCUAUUGACUACAACAGCUUCAUAAUCACCAGCAAUGAGUUCCGCAAGUUCCAGGAACGUUUGCAGAUGAUACACGGAGAUUUCGCAAAAGCCAGACCCAUCAGCGACCAUUGGCUCAAUCGAGAAAAGGAUCGUCAAGCCGAACAGCCCCGGUGGACCUUCAGCGAUGAGAGUCGCUAUAGGCCAGUACUGAAUAAGUUACUCGUCACAAACCGGCGGGCUAUCCAAGACCUGGAUCGCAACCUCAGGGGAAUUUCUACCCUUUCAGAGUCGAUUACGAAAGAGCUCGAGUACGUGAGCAGCGGUCUCGAGAGCAUCUCAAAUGAAGAAAGCCGACAGAACAACAAGGAUGUCAAGCUUUUCACGUACACAACUGCCGUAUUCUUGCCUCUGGGGUUUGCAACAGGCAUGUUCAGCAUGAGCGGGACGCCUGACGCACAAACUGUCGGCGGAAUGUUUGGACUAUUUGUUGGAGUAUUCAUCCUGGGUCUAUUGAUAAUUCUUUCUGUCGCAAAGGUUAAUGCCAAGUAUGGAAACAGCCGGCAAAUUCGGGAGAAGCUGAUGAGGUGGGGGCGGCAGAAGAUCGAUAGGCCGUCCCUUUUGGGUACAUUGAUAAUUCUCAUUCUCAUUGUCGGAAAGGUCAACGCCAAAGAGCUGACCAGGCGGGGGCGGCAAAAGAUCAACGAGGCGUCUCUUGGGCGUGGACGUGAAGCAAGUGCGGAAGGAAAAUCAACCGAAGAAACGAACGCUGAACGCAAGGAAGAUGAUACGGAUAAAAGACCGCGGCGAAGGUUUUGCGGCUUGAAAUUAUACAGGAAGGAAAAGGACGAUGCUUUGGCAAAACACAGAGAAGGGCACGUGGAAGAAGGGAGGGGGGGACUCAGCUUCCCCAGGGUGGACGAGACGGCAACCUCAGGGAGCGCGUAA